GAUGCUGAGGCUGCACCUGCCCGACCCGCCGGUGGACAGCGAGGAGGAGAAUGAGGAGGCAGCGGAAGGCGCCACGGCUCAGAGCAGCCACAGCUCCAUCCCCAUGGAUGCAGAGCAUGUGGAGCUGGUAAAGAGGACGAUGGCCAGCGUGAAGCUGCCCACCCUGGGCAUCCCGGCCUGGGCCAGCCAGAUCUCAGAGGAACAGUGGAAGGACGUGGUGCAGCGCACGCUGCAGGCCCGGCAGAGCCUCGGUGGCCCCCGGCCUCAGUGGAAUUGAGGCUGAGCUGCGGCACAAGGGCUGCAAACCCCAGCCCUUCCCUCCACCCUGGAAGCACCCACUGCCUCUGAGUCAGGUGCUGACAGGACUUGCCAGUAUCAAUUUUCCAAUUUGUCCCACUGACAUUGUCUGAUUUUCCUUCCCACUCCUUUUUCUUGGUUCUGGCUGCUGCAUAAGUGAAUGUGAUGAUCUUGUGUUGGCUUCUUUUACCUCUGAGGAGGCAGAUUGGUUUCCAUGCUUGGAUGCAUAUGGGGCGAUGGGGGUUUGGCCAGCUUUGCUCAGAUUCCCUCAGGACAAACACUGGACUUGGCCCCAUGCUGACAGUACCAGAGAAGUCACUCCAGGCUAGGGCUCCUCCUCUCAGGAUAGGGUCUGUGUGUUGGAAUAUCACAGGUGGAGCAAGAUGUGUCAUUCCAAGAGAUUGGUUUUAUUUAGUUCUGUACAUACAGGGACAUCUGUACAAAAUCCAACACUUUCAUACUAUGUAAUGCUCUACUGAAAAUAAAGUACACCAUAUGUACAUAUGAACUGUAAGCAGCUUAA